UGACCCAUUUACCCCUUUAGCAAUAGAUCCGAGAGAGAACACCCAAAACCCAUGUUUUUUCUUUCUUCAUAAACGCACAAACUCUCCCUCUCACAGCCGAUUUCUCUCCCUAUCUCUGGCCCCGAAGACGAAUUUCGUGCUUUUUCAUUGGUUUUUCUUCUCUCUCAACUGAGAAAUUCAUUAUCUUGGUAAAUUAACUGUGAAAAUGGGUGCGGUGGCAGAGAACAGUAAACCGCAGAGUACACCUGAAACUACGGCGGAGAACAUCGAAGCCUUGCUCGAGGCUGCAAGAUAUGAUGACAUGGAUGAUGUUGUGAGCUUAAUAUCCAAUGGUGUUCCUCUUCAUUCCAAGGACGCUCAAGGAAGAACAGCUCUUCAUAUGGCUGCAGCAAAUGGACAUGUUGAUAUUGUGGAGUAUUUAAUCAGUAGAGGAGUGGAUCUUAAUUCAGAAAACGAGGAAAAGAAUACACCACUUCAUUGGGCGUGCCUCAAUGGGCAUGUUGAGGUUGUGAAGAAAUUAAUCAUGGCUGGAGCUAAUGUUAGCGUUCUAAACAGUCAUGAGAGGACUCCGGUGGACGAAGCUGUGACAGGAGGAAAACUUGAAGUGAUGGAUGCUAUUAAUGAAGCAGAGGCACUAGUUGAACUACGUGGUGCUUUGGUUUCUUCAAAGGAAACUUAAAAGUUUAUGGUACUUUAGCUUGUAAUAUGAAGCUUUUAGUUAUACCUGUCUUUUUUGUGGUGUUUUCUUACUCAGUAUGACAGGAUCACAAACUUAAAAGUGAAGUUGAUAAUUAUUAUUGAAAGUAUUCACACAA